ACCCCUCCCAUACCAAACCACCCAAGGCACUUAAAACUCCCCACCAGAAAAAAAAAUGAAUUAUUCUCUUGCCCUAGCCCUAGGCCUAAUCCUCAUUUCUUGUUCUCCUUUGCUAGCAAACGCUAGAGGCCACCAUCAUGCAGGUGGCCAUCAUCUAGGGUUGGUAGGGCAAAUCUGCACGGAACUCAUCCAAAACCAGACGACUUGCACGGACCUUGUAAAGGCAGCAGAUCCUAAAAUUGCACAGGCAAAGACAUUCCAAGAGCUUGCACAGGCAGUGCUAGAAUUUGCCGUGAACAAGGGAAUAGAGGGCCAAACCUUCCUCAAGGGCUUGGCACUGAUUGAGCAAUCACCAGCCAUUAAGGAAUGUGCAAACUUUUUCUAUGAUGGGGUGGUUGGAUCCUUCCGUAGUGCCUUACGUGAGUUGAAAGAAGAUGCUCAGACCGCUAGCUAUGAUGCCAAAGCGGCUUAUGAUGGCCCUGACGGUUGCAAUAGAGCCUUGGCCGCUGAAAAUAUCAAUAACCCUGCUAUUACUGCUCUUAACAGCGAAAUAGCGUUGCUUAGCCAAAUUGCAUUCGAGGCCAUAUGCAAAUAUUCUAAUUAAGACAAUUUAUGUAUAUACCAAUGCAAAUAUUUAUAUGCAUGGGUAUGGGGGUUACUAUUCUUUUUGAAUCUCCUUUGGUGUGGUGGGGGAGUAAUCAAUAAAACCAAAGCUAUUUGUUCUCUAUUGAUUAACUUUUUA